AUGGACGCUAGCGGACCGUCUAGUGAGUCUCCUAAGGCUACAUCCCCCGGAAGCAUGGCGACGGUUUCUGCCCCUAUCGCUAAAACAGCCGUUCCGCCGGUUACACUAACGUCGCCGCCCACUCCCAGCCAGCAGUUUCUCAUCGCCGGCAAGGUUCAGGAGGCCAUCCGUCAAAUGCUUUCCGUACACCAGGGUCAGACCGUCACCAUUCCGUCCAAUCCCACCCCGUCGACCGCUUCAGGCAGCAGGUCGCACCCAAUCAGCCCUGUGCGAAGCCGCGCGCCGUCUUCGGAGCGGAGCAAGCCGCAGCAGCACCAGAUGGCAGUCGGUCGCAGCGCCAGCAGCGACGGAGGACUCUCCGCUGCUGGCGCUCGGGAUAACAGCAGUGGACCGAACGCGAGUGGCGGUGGAAGCAACGCGAGUGGUGUGCGGAACGCGAGUGAGGGGAGGAACGCUCAGCCUGCGCCGUAUCGCGGCGUUCGGUACCGGCCGUGGGGUCGGUGGGCGGCGGAGAUCCGCGACGCUGGCGGGCGCGGGCGAGUGUGGCUGGGGACGUUCGACACUCCCGAGGAGGCGGCUCGCGCGUACGACGAGGCUGCGCGGGAGAUCCGCGGACCCAAGGCGCAGCUGAAUUUUCCCAAGGAGCCUCGGCUCUCCGCCCCGCUUUCCGCGUCCAAUCAACAGACCCACUCGCCAAGCCCCGCGCCCUCUGUCCCCGCACUCCCCGUCUCCCCCGCCCCAGUCCCGUCCAUCCCCGCAAUCACUAUCACUACAACAGCGCCCGCUGCUACCCCGACUCCGGCUGCUUCACACUUUCCGCUUGGUGCAGCGCCCGCCGCCGCUCUUGCGCGCACGCCGGUAUCGAAAUCCGCGCAGAAGCCCAAACCCCUUCUGCACCUUCCCUUCCUCAACCAGCAAUUGCCCCAACCGCUUCACGAUAACUCGAGACCUCGUACCGUCACAGCCCCUCAGCUCCCCUCCGCGCCUUCCGCCUGCGCGCCCUCCCCCUGUACUCCUUCCCCCGUCCCCAUCACGCGGAAGCGUUCCGCGAUGGAGACGGUCCGCGAAGCCGCCGAGGCGACGCCUGACCUGCGCGAGCUGCGCGAUGUGCGCGACAACUCCUUUGCGCCCGCCGCUACCGCUACAGCUACCAGUACAGCUAUGGGUGCGGGUGCGGGUGCCGCAAUGCAGCCAAUCCAGACGGCGGGUAGCGGCGUUCAUCCGUCAGUCUCGAACGCGUCGUGGUCGUCCGAGCCUAUUCUCGCGCGGAACAGGACGACGAUGCGAGCCGCGUCCGACGGCAAUGGCGCCUUCGGCUCCGUCGCUGGUGACUGGCGAGAUGCGGAUUCCAUGGCUGCUGACGUGGACGAGGAUGAUUGGAUGGCGCAGGCGGGAGGAGAUCCGUUUGGAUUUGGCGUGUUUGGACCCGUGGGAAAGAAGGCCAAGUCGGAAGGGCAUCGGCCGUGGGGGAUGGGCGCGGGGAAAGGCGCGGAAGGGGAAUACAGUGUGGUGACGUGGCCUGCCGUGUGCGAGGUCGAUGGGGAAGAGGCUGGAUGCGGUGGAGAUGGGCGCACAGGGGUACAGCGAGCAAGAGCAGGGGUGGAGAGAGGUGAUAAUGGUCCUAAGAAAAGCUGGUGGGAGGAGGCUCUGAUGAUGGACGACAUUCCGGAAAAAGCGGCGGACGCGACGGCCCUCACGCUUCGAGAGCAAAGCACUGGUAGGAGCGAUAUCAAGCCGGCUGCAGGUGGAAGCAGGCAGGAGGGUCUGGCGGAACGAGCUGCAGCUACUGCGGGUAGCACAGACGCAGCCGUCAGUGUGGUUACGAAAAAUAGCGACGCUCAAAUGGGCUCUGGACGCAGUGUUGACUGUAUCAUGCGUGACAACAGCGGGGGGGAGGAAGCUGCUUCUCCAGUGGCGACUAAGAACGGACCUACUGAGUUUCAAACUGAGGUAGCAGAGCCAAGGUCUGCAGCCAUUGCGACGUCAGCUGAAGCUGACGUGGAUUGGCCAGCAGCUGAUUUGGAAGGGUUCACCCCAGCAUGCUUCUUCACUACGGAGGAGGUCAGCCUCGGCCUAGAUGCGUCCGUGGAAGCGCCUCUAGCGGUAGCAAAUCCGCCUUUCGCGGUAGCAGCGGACAUGCCAGCGACGACAGCAACAGCUGAGGAUUUCUUCAUGGCAGCAGAUUUUGCACUUCAGCGGACGGUCAACGGGUAUGGAUUCCAUUUUCAGCUCAUCGCUGCCGUCAAGCUGCAGCGACCGUGA